CGGCUUGCUAUAAAUACUUCGCCUUGUGUUGUUGUCACUGUGCUCUCUCUCCCCUCCUCGCCCACUCUACCAGCCGAUCCUGGACCGCCGCAGGGCAUCGAGAUCGCGCCGGGAUCCCUGUCGCCGAAGACCCGAACCUGGCCGGAAUCCGCUGCCGAUCGCGCCGGAACCAUGGCUUCCGGCAGAUACAUGGCCUACUCCCCUUCCCCCUCCACCGCCCCGCACUCCCCUCACAUCCCUGGCAUCCGCUCCGCCCUCGGCGCCCUCGCUGAGCAGGAGAAGUAUCUCUCGGAGUUACUGGCUGAGCGUCACAAGCUGAGUCCUUUUAUGCCUGUCCUUCCACAUUGUUAUCGUCUACUGAACCAGGAGAUAAUACGUGUUACAAUGCUCUUGGGAAAUGCAUCUCUUUUAGAUCAAAGUGAACAUGGUAGCCCGAUGACUACUGGAGGAAUAUUUCCGAAUGGAGGAGCAAUUGACAUGAAUGGUUGGGCAUUGGCGUCUCAAUCUGAAAGGUUGGGAUCAAUGCAGCCUUCAUCUACGCAUGGUUGGCUUGGCUCUCAAAGUAGCUCUUCAGGUCUCAUUGUUAAAAAAACUAUCAGGGUUGAUAUUCCUAUAGACAAAUUCCCUAAUUAUAAUUUUGUUGGCCGGCUUCUUGGUCCUCGAGGAAACUCCCUAAAGCGAGUGGAGGCAAAUACCGACUGCCACAUACUAAUAAGAGGGAGGGGAAGCAUCAAAGAUUCAGCCAAGGAGGAGAUGAUGAGAGGGAAACCAGGGUACGAACACUUGAAUGAACCACUUCAUAUACUGGUAGAGGCUGAACUGCCAGUUGAAAUUGUUGAUGCUCGUCUGAUGCAAGUUCGUGAGAUCCUUGAAGAUAUGCUCAAACCUGUGGAGGAAUCACAAGAUUUCUUUAAGAAGCAGCAGCUUCGAGAGCUUGCCAUGAUCAAUGGCACACUCCGUGAGGAUGGGGCACAUAUGUCCGGUUCUGUCUCCCCCUUCCAUAAUAGUCUCAGUAUGAAGAGAGCCAAGACAAGGGAGUGAAGUGUUUGCCGGUUUAAUAGGCCCGCCAUCAAAGCCGACACUUGAUCUGCCUGUGGCAGCUACAUAUACAUUGGAAUCGCUUGCCAGCAGCCAAUGCAUCACAAUGGGAGUGCUGGCACCAACAACAGUCCCAUUUCACUUUGUCGGUGUACUUUUCUUGAAUCAGUGGAUAUGGUGAUGUUAUGCAAAUUCCUAAUGCGAGAUCAUGUCUCUUAACAAGCUGGAGAACUAGGGUAUGAGCAUGUGUUUUUCUGCUGUUCUUCAAUAAUUAAGGGGUGUUUCAGAAAGAUACUCUUGUAGUAUUCUGUAUGCUUGGAUUUUAUUCUAUUUAGGACUCUGGUGAUGACAUUAUA